UGCAAACAUCAUCGGGAGGGGAGACGCUUUCCACCGUCAGCGCCGGAGCAGAGCAGGGGAGCCCUGGCAACAAGGAGAGACACAAACUCAGCAGCCCGGUACACCCUACAGGAAUGGUGACAGCACCUGCAGACAGACAGACGUGGACAGACGGCGCAGGCACCCGGAACGCUUCCCUCCCAUUGGUGGAGAGAUCCAGACUUCACACCAGGAACUGUAGCCCCGAUCGGUCGGCAGCUCUCAACUGAGCAGACUCCACCUACUCUGCCCAAGUAGCCCCGCCUCCUCUGCUCAGGGAGUGCUGAGUCCCUGAGUCGACACACUGCAUUCUGGGAUAGUCUGGAACCCUCUCCAUGGGCUGCACCACCUGCUGACAAACCAGGGGGGUCUGGAGGAGCUGUGUUGAAUGAGGAUUGUGCUGGGUGUCAGCAGGCUUGCCUUUGCAGGGAAAUGAUUCCGCAUGAAGUGCGACGCACUCGGCCCCCCGUCGUCCUCGGCGGCAGCAGCAGGUGUGACGUCGUGACACUCUCCCUCACCACGUUGAGCUCACCCUUCAGCCGCUAAAGACCCCUGGACCAAACAGAUCGCCCUACCCCUCCCCUCUAACCACCCCUUCAUAUCUUCAUCUCCAUCUUUAAUCCUUCCUCACCUGCUUGUUAGGGCCCGGAUUUUCUUUGUUAUUAAGAAAAAAGCCCUGAUUGAGCGAGCUUGGGUGAACUGGAUAGGGAGUGAAAGAGCGAAAAGAUUGGGAAAGAUAAUUCAUAACUAAUUAACGUGACAAGGGACAGAUCAUCAAAAGUGAGAAAAGGAGACAAAAAAGUGGAAUAGAAAGUCAGAGAGAGAAGGAACAAAGAAAGAUACAGAAGUCCAAAGGUUACAGAAACGCAAGUACAGUUGAGGGACGUGAGGCAAAGUCAGCAUGAAGUCCAACCAGGAACGCAGUAAUGAGUGUCUGCCCCCAAAGAAGAGGGAGAUCCCCUCCAGUACAUUACCAUCAGAAAACCGCUCACCCAUCAUGCCGCCUGCCAGUGACAGCCAGCGCACAGAGAACAUGGCCUGGCUUGCCAGUGUGGCUGGUGGAAAUGAGAGUGGUGUGGGUGGGCACUGUAGCUCCAGUAUGUCUGACGGGCCCCACUACAAAUCCCUCUUCUCCACAUCAGACUCUUCAUCCUCCUCUUCCUCGCUGAGGCUAGUCUCAUCUCUUCCUACGGUGUAUACGUCCCCCCUGUCACAGUCCACAGUUGGAGGAACUGUCCAUUACACCCAACUGCCACCCAACCUACAGUUUAUAGCCUCACCCUACACUGCCCCAUACACAGGCUACAUCUCCCCCCAACUUCUUCCACCUCCUCCUCCACCUCCCCAACUCUCCUCCUCCUCUUUGGCCGCACAGAGACCCUCACACACAGAGACAGUCUGUGCUCCUUCGCAGGCCUCCAAACAUGACCAGCAGAGAGCGUCCACAGGGUGUACCUCCAUGCCUCCACCUCUGUCAGACCCCGCCCCUCACCACGUUCAAAUGUCAACCUCCCACCGGACUGUGCCGUCGCCUCAUCACCAAGGAGGUGUUCACCUUCCUCCCCAGUCACUGCACCACCACCACACUUUGGGACAUGGGAUGUCCCAGGUUGUGGUGCAGUACGCGGACGGACCCACCAGGAAAGAGGAAGUUAGCUCGAGGCCCAGGGAGCUCCACAAUGGAGAGCUGGAAAGGGGCCGGCGUUUUGGAGCGUCCCCAGAGUCCAGUCUCUCCAAACUGGGGAGCAAAUCACGAGACGCCACUUCUUCUUUGUCCUCGUACGAGGCCCGCCAGCUGGUUCUGCCGUCAGAGUACUCUACUCAUGAUCCCUCAGGGCUGAGAACCUCUGUCAUGCUUAUGCCCAACAGCCAUGUAGACCACCAGCUGGUACCACCCAGAGCCAGUUCUGAGAAGCUGGCAACCUCUGCCCCUGCAAACCUGGAGAAAGGUGGCAUCAUCCUGGGCAAGCCUGUCAAUCGCACACCCUCCUCCUCCAGCACCACCUCCUCUUUCACCUUUCCACCUCCUUUAAGUGUCAACAGCCUGAAAGCCGCUGUCAGCACACUGUCGCCUCAGACCGUUAUCCAGACCACCCACAAUGCUACAGAGUCACUGUCAAUGGGGCUCCCAUCCACCAGUAUUUACCCUCAGCCACCCAUCAUUGGUUACAUUGCAGGGGGCAAUGGGAGCCAGCAUACGCCAAUCAGCUACCACACCAGCCUACAACAACACUUACUCAUUCCUGGCACCCAGCCGGUCAUUAUCCCUGUCAGUGGAGGUGGAGUCACCACAUUGGAACCCGUAACCUCUCACGUAACAUCAUCUACCCAGGCCACGUUUCCUACCACACUCCCACACACAUACAUCGCUGCCACUGCCCCCAAAGGAGAGACUCUGGAAACCUCCAGCGGCUCCUAUCACCAGGCCGCUUCAGGUGCAGUGGUCCAAGCCCAGCUUCAUCUCCCCAUUGUUCCCGCUCCGCCGGGGCUGGUCGCUCCUUCUGCUCCUCCUCCCCCAUCCAGUACGGUGGUGCCUCCCUCGCUUCCCCCAUAUUUCAUCAAGGGCUCCAUCAUCCAGCUGGCCGAUGGGGAGCUGAAACGUGUGGAGGACCUGAAGACAGAGGACUUCAUCCAGAGCGCCGAGAUCAGCAGCGAGCUGAAGAUCGACUCGUCCACAGUGGAGCGCAUCGAAGGGAGCCACACCUCACCCAACUUUGCUGUGGUUCAGUUUUCUGUUGGUGAGCACCGUGCACAGGUGAGUGUGGAGGUCUUGGUGGAGUACCCCUUCUUCGUCUUCGGCCAAGGCUGGUCUUCAUGCUGCCCUGACCGGACCACCCAGCUUCUGGAGCUGCCAUGCACCAAGCUUUCUGUGGGCGAUGUCUGUAUUUCACUCACCCUUAAGAACCUGAGGAACGGAUCUCUGAAGAAGACUCAGCCCCUGGAGCUGGCCACCCCCGCCUCUGUCCCAGCCUCCAGCCACGGGCACCUCAAACCCCACAGAGCUGUCUCAGAUGCUCCCCAAAGCUGCAGUGGAGGAGGCUCCAGGCACAGCGAGCGGGAGAAUGGCAUCGGCCAGCGAGGGGAUGUUGGAAGUGGGAACGGGAGCAGGGGGAGCACCAAUGUGGAAAAUGGAGACCUCAUGUUUGGGGAAAGAGGGUCCGUCUCUAAAGGUCAGGUUGCUGGCAGUGCAGAAGCUGGCUCCAGUAAGCCAUCAGGAGGCAGGAAGCGGAGGUGGUCUGCCCCUGAAGGUCGAAAGGUAGAAAAGUCAGAGGAGGAGCCGCCCUUGACCCUGCCCAAGCCUUCCUUCAUCCCUCAUGAGGUGAAAGUCAGCAUUGAGGGAAGGUCGAAUAUUGGCAAGUGAAGGCCAGCAGGACUGUUAGAUAACCAUUGGGAUUUGGAAAAAAAAAAACAGAAAAGGAUUCUACAAAAAAACUGCCCACCUUAAUGUUUCAUCUGUCUUGGUUUUAAAGUUUUGUUUUCUGUUUUUAUUUUUCUAUAUUGAAUACUGUACUGUAGAGGUAAACUUACCCUACAUGGUAUCACCUUACAUUAAGUCCAUGAAGUUUAUAACACACUUUUUUUAUAGAUAGAUUUGAUAUCACACAAGCAAUCGGUGCCGUUUUUGGUGGCUUUCAUGAGAUGACUUAUGGGGAGGGAUCUGUGAAGUGUGCUAAAUGUUUAUUGGUGGCUGUGUGGCACACAGGAGCAGGGCUUGAUGGCUCUUCUUGGCUGGCUACGCAUUGCACAUUAUGUAAAUCCCGAGUUGAAUUAGCUCACAGUUAGCUUCUCGACAGUGAUUUCACUCCCUUUGCACUGCUCGUGAGGCUGGAUGAAAACAUUUUUCCACCACCUUUUGCCACGCCGGUGGUUCCACGCUAGGGCCAUGGGAGUGAUAUGACGUCAGCUGAUCCUGAGCUUGAAGGAUUUGUGGCUAAAUCAUGAAAUUUUUUUGCAGAAUCAGAGUUGGAGUUGGAAGAACAUCAUCCUCCGUGUCUUCUAGUAGAAGUGCGUUAUUCAGUGUCAUCAGGGUGUGCCAGACCUGACCAGUGAUGUCAUCAAGUGGUGCCGGUGUGCCACACAAUGGAGAGGGAACAACUCUUGCUCUGUUCAGUUUGAUGACGGUGGAGUCUUUACUUUCAUCUUGAGCAUUUUAAUUUUCUUUUUUUUUUUCCUUAAACCCCUCGUCUUCUAUCUCACCAGAUAGUUGUUUUCAAUGAUUGUCAGAAACUUUUAAUCAGGGGUCAUUUUAGUCCUAGCUUGAACCUAGGUGGGUCAAUGUUAAUGUAUAAAUGUGAGAUACCCUAACCUGAUACAUACAAGUGCAAACACACUGGGUUGGCGGACUUCACUUUAAAAGAAAAUGUUAAGAGGAAGACUUCAAACAAUCCUCAUCGUUUUUUGAUGAAUUUCUUUAUAUUUUUUUAUGGAGAACGGCUGUGUGAGAGGAACCGAGAGAAUCUGCACGUCAGUUCUGAGAGGGUCAAGAUGUUUCAAAGCACUUAACACGCCUGUCACACUCACCACACAGCUGACAAAGUUUUGUCAUUGUCUCUUUAUUUACGCAGUACUGUAUGUUUUUUUUUUUUUUUUUUUUUAAGAUUUUUUUCUAUUUAGACAAGGGUAGAAAGUAGCAACAGCACUUUGGAAAGGUGAAGCUUUUGGAAAAGUGAAGGGGUUGUUUGGUGACGUGGGAGCAGAUGUGCCAUGGGAUCACAAAGAAAGGGAUGUGUGUGACAGGUGUUGGAGAAAAUUCCAAAUCGUAGAUGGUUAGAGAAAAACUCCCGGUGACAAAAGGAAUUAGAAGUAUGAUGGUUUUUCAGCUUGUGCGCUCGUACAGCCAGCCAGCCAGCCAUGCAAAAGUCAGAGGGAAAGUAUUGGAAUGUGUUCUGAAGGUUUGGGAUCUGGCAUGAGGAUUUACAAGGAAAAGGCUUUGAAAUAUCCCAACGAUGUUGUGAGAGCGUUGGUUAGAAACGCACGCCGCAGAUUUUUGAAGGGCGUCAUGCGUUUGUAGUGUGCGUGCUGGAGUGUGCGUGAUGCCGGUCCGUGUCUGUCCAUACACACACACAUGCUAACACAAACACAAAACAGUACAGACCAUCCCUGAAACUCAAUUACCUAUAAUGUGUACUGUAUUUGUUAAUAAGCAUUUCGAGGAAUGCAGAUGGUUUUUGGUGCAUACUGUCCCUCCUGCAAAGACACUAGUUGACUGACAUUGGAUUAAUGCACACUGCUAACAGUACCGCUGUACAGAAAGUGCUCUGUGGCGUGUUUGUGUAUGUGUGUGAGUUUGUGUAUGUGUGUAUGUAUACUGUGUAUAGGAAAAGGAUGUACUCAUUUGAUAUAUAGACAGUGCUAAAUGUCCAGUGUUUCUACUUGGAGUCGUACUUAAGAGAAUCUUGCAAUUUGCACAUUAGGAGGAGGGAGAAAGGUGGAGACGUAAUUUUUAACGGCCCUGUCCUGAAAUGAGCCCUAGACCACGUAACACACUGGAGGAGACCAGGGUUUUUGUUCCUCAACAGGCACUUGUCACGUUGUAGAGGAAAAGUUUCUACAUCUAAGCAGUUAAGGUCAAAUUACAUUUGAGUUUUGUUUUUUUUUGAACAAACAUAACCACAGCUGUAAACCAGAAUUUUAACAUGUGCCUGCCUACUGAAUUUACUGACUGUAGUUAAAGAUAUACAAGUUGUAGUUUGUGAAGGAAAGCUGAGACUUUUUUUUUUUUUUUUGGUCCACUUUUCCUGCUGGUGAAACCAGAGUGUAGGGACUAGGGUUCAGUUUUGAACACGGCCUGUGCUUUCAGCAAGCUGAGACCCUAUUAAGAUGUAGCAGUUACCUCAACAGAUGUGCUUGCUUGGUGGUUGUCCCAGCGUUUAGAGCAACAUCCUCAUAGACUGGUCGAAUGAAAGCCCAAAUUCUGCUCUGUUUCUGUUAUAUUUUUUUCCCCUAACAUCUAUUUAACUGAACUGUUUUAUAUUUCAAUUUUGACAUAAAGGAAAACCUAAAUGAAAUUGGCAGUGAUGGUGGACAUGUGGUCAGAGAUUCAAUAUGACCUGAUUGCAUGGUGCCUUUCAACAUAUUCAGCAGGUAGCUGUUUCUGUCAUGCUGUCUUAAAAAUGCAGUGUGAUCAUGCACAGUACUUGGAUUAACGUGUGCAGGUAAUAGUGUUGUUAAGGAGGUGGAGAAGAGGUGGCUUCCUGCAGGCAUAUCUGUUGAGCUUUCUACUCGACCUCUGUAUUUAGGUGUUGUCAUAUGUCAUAUGAGAUAUUUUUUUAGUGGGCGGCGUCGUUGGUCGCCUCUAAGAAGUGGAUCGGUCGUAUUUUCAUCCCACUGAUUAUUUAGGUUUAGCUGUGUGAGGCGACGCUGUUUCAGGUGGUGGGUGUUUACCAGGGCAAUGGCAGGAUGGAUGUGUGCUCAGAUGGACGAGGAAGGGAUGGAUAGGUGGUUGAGUAAAUGGGCAGAUGGAUGGUGAUGGUGAGUGAAUGAGUCAACCCCGUAUGAGAUUUGAAAAUGCUUUAUUUUUUUAUAAUAAAACAGGGUUUCUCAGAUCAACACCACCGCGGGAGUGCAUUUUCAUUUCUUCCUUUUCCUAUUGAAACAUCAUGAUCAUUAGUAGUACAAAUAGUGGAGUGUGUGUGCAUGUUCCGAUCUCUGUGCGUGCGUGGCUGUGUGUUUUGUAACUGUGUGUGCAUUUUUUUUUGUUGUCCAACUCCCUACUCCCAAUCAGUAAAACAGCAGAACCACGACAUCUUAUCGAAGUUAUCAGCCACCCAGACCAUGAAAAUCUUUACUGUCAGGUUACAAACAAAGACAUUUUUAGCCAAAGCCGAGUUAUGCUUUUGUUGCUUUGGUUACUUUAAAAAGCAAUAGUUCAACAAUAUUCAGGCACUCUGCUCGUGUAUGAGUGGAACACACACACACACACACACACACACACACACACACACACACACACACAGCCAUUCCACUCAAAAUCUCUGCAAUAAACAUUAAAUAAUAAUCCUCUAGCAUUACAACCAAAACAACUCUUCCUUUCUUCCCAUCGGAAAAUACAACCUUGUCACAUUCUGGAAAAAUUUCAUAGAAGCUGAUGCAGCUGAACACAUCUCGCUUCAGUUAACACUAUUCCCCGUGUCAUGAAGUCCAUUUAAACAUAGAAAUUGCAGUUGCAACACCAGUUGCUAGUUUUUCAGGGAAGUGUCUCAUAUAUGCAGUAACUGAACAUAACCCCCGAAACCUCCACUCUCCCAGCUGGCCAGAGUCAUAAACUCACUCUGCAUGCGUCACCUGAAGUAACCAGCAGACGUUUUGACUCCGCCCAGGUCUGCCUCGUUGCCACGACUCCCGUAGUGACCUCGUUAACUUUGUUUCAGGUACCUGAGCAUAGCCAGCCGGCCUCACAAGCACCUCCUCCUGAGGCAAAGCAAUCGAUUAACCCUCAACAACCGUUAGCUACCUGUCAGUGUGGCCUGGCCUGGAUAGAGCAGGGCUGGCCUGGACUGCCUGUUCCCCUCGUAACAUCAUCUUUUCACAUUCGGUCUCCUUUUCACUACUAGCUUAUACAGGUCAUUGUGUUUGAAGUGGAAAUGCAUGCUUAAUAAUAGACUAUGAAUCAAAGCAAUCUGAAAUGUAGACACAUUGUGAAUGCAGGAGAGGGAACGGUGGUUUGGUGUAGUGUUGAUUUUGUUAAGAUAAUCCCAAGUUUAACCUUUUUAUCCCCUUGAAAUGUACCACAAUGUGCAAUACUUACAUUUUGUCCCCCCUCCCCGGCCCCUCCCUUGCUGUGCCAAGUGUGUGUAGCAUAGUCCUACUCCAGUGUCCUUCCUUGUUAAUGGCUUGUGUAUUUUACUGUGUGUUGAUGUGUGUGUCACAUCUGUUAAACAAGAGUCAGGAUGUUUGUGAAGAGAAACGAAACCAACGCAGAGUUGGUCUUCGCCUCUCUUUCCCUUUGUCCUUGCGGCCUUCCUAAAUUUGAGUGUGUGAAAGACUGUGUCAUGUCUCUUUGUUGUGUGUGUGUGUGUGUGUGCGCGUGUGCGCACGUGUGUCUGCACCAUAUGUCGCGUGAAGUAUGUGUGCUUAUGUGCACCUGGUGUUCAAAUGUGUAUGAGCGCGUGACGCAGGUGCGUGUGUGUGUGUGUAACGGAGUGUUUUCUCCUCUAAUUGUCUGUGAGAUCGUAAACCCUGACCCUCGACGGUUCACGGUGAGACCCACAGAAAAAAAAGAAACCUCAUUGCUAGUGGGGACCACUUUUUGUAAAAAAGAGAAAAAAAAAGAAAAGAAAAAAAAAAAAACAACCAACCAACAGAGA